UGGUGGCCAAUAGGACUCCCUACACCCCGUCUUUGCUGGGACCCCCAGUUCUCAGCCCCAGACAUGCCCUGCUCCAAUGAGGCUGCCUUGUUCCCCCAGGCAUGCCAAGGUGAAGGGGAAGUUCAAGGAAUCAUAUCUGUCGGCUGCCCAGUCCGUCAAGCCACUCAUCAACUCGGAGGAGAAGCUGCCGCGGGACAAACUCAACCCCCCCACACCCAGCAUCUACCUGGAAAGCAAACGUGACGCCUUCUCGCCCGUCCUGCUGCAGUUCUGCACUGACCCCAAGAACCCCAUCACCGUCAUCCGGGGGCUGGCUGGCUCCCUGCGCCUCAGUGAGUGCCUGGGGGGCAUGGUGGGGGCUCUGAGACUGUGGCUCAGGGCUUUUUGUGGGGAGCAGGAGUCCAAACGCCGUUGUCUCUGCCGAUGGAGCAUUCAGGGGUCCUGGCCCGUAUCUCUAUCCCUGGAGCCGAUAUGGAUGGGGAGGAUCAGGGGUUCUGGUCCAUGUGUGUCUCCCCAUGGCACAGGCAGAAUGAAUUUUGUUAUGUGCAACUAUGGGGGGCCGAAUUGGGGGGGGUGCACCCUCUGGAUGUGCCUGGGGGGAGCCGUAUCCUGUGGGAGACACCCCAUGUCCAGGCGAUGCCAGGUGCCACGUAGGGGGGCCCCGUUUGUGCUGAUGGAGGAAGGGGCCCCAGGUUGCACUUACAGUGGGGGCUGUGGGGGGUCCUGGUCUGACAUGCUCUCUCUGGGGCAGGAGGACAAGGAGAGUGACGAAGAGGGUGAUGAACCCGACAGCACUACGGAGACACCCCCCAGCAGUGCGGACCAGAAAUCCCAUCAGAUCAUCAAAUUCGGGACCAACAUUGACCUAUCCGACGCCAAGCGGUGGAAGCCACAGCUGCAGGAGCUGCUGAAACUCCCGGCCUUCAUGCGGGUCACGUCGACAGGCAACAUGCUGAGCCAUGUGGGACACACCAUCCUGGGCAUGAACACCGUGCAGCUGUACAUGAAGGUGCCGGGCAGCCGGACGCCAGGUCACCAGGAGAACAACAACUUUUGCUCCGUGAACAUCAACAUUGGGCCGGGUGACUGCGAAUGGUUUGCAGUGCACGAGCAUUACUGGGAGACCAUCAGCGCCUUCUGUGACAGGCAUGGCGUGGACUACCUGACAGGCUCCUGGUGGCCCAUCCUGGAGGACCUGUACAAGUCCAACAUUCCCGUGUACCGCUUCAUCCAGCGCCCUGGGGACCUUGUGUGGAUCAACGCAGGCACCGUGCACUGGGUGCAGGCCACAGGCUGGUGCAACAACAUCGCUUGGAACGUUGGGCCGCUCACAGCCUAUCAGUACCAGCUAGCCCUAGAGCGCUACGAGUGGAACGAAGUGAAGAACGUAAAGUCCAUCGUGCCCAUGAUCCACGUCUCAUGGAACGUCGCCCGGACGGUGAAGAUCAGUGACCCCGACCUCUACAAGAUGAUCAAGUACUGCCUCAUGCAGUCCAUCAAGCACUGCCAGGUGCUGCGGGCAAGCCUGGUGCGUUCAGGGAAGAAGAUCGCCUACCAGGGCCGGGUGAAGGACGAGCCGGCGUACUACUGUAACGAGUGUGAUGUGGAGGUGUUCAAUAUCCUGUUUGUGACGAGCGAGAACGGCAGCAAGAAUACGUACCUGGUGCACUGUGAGGACUGCGCCCGCCAGCGCAGCGUCGCCCUGCACGGCGUGGUCGUACUGGAGCAGUACAAGACGGAGGAGCUGAUGCAGAUCUACGACAACUUCACCCUGGCUGGAUCCCCCAGCUCCAGAUGAGCCAGUGCUGGCCCAGGCAGUUCCUGGGCAGAGACAGGAAUAAGCUCCCCCUUCUCCUGCACCCACCUGCUCCGCUGGGGGAAGAAGGGGACAUCUUGGCACCGCCCGUCCCAGUGGCCAAUUGCAGACAAGCUCUUGUUUACACCGGAACCACUCCGGCCCAAUCAGCUUUGCUGUUGAAACAAGGGGGAGGGGGCAGGGCCCCAGAAGCAGCCAAUCGUCUGUACGACCCAAGGAGCCAAUCCGCAAGCAGCCUGUGAAUACAGAAACUCAAAUGAACUUUUUAAUUUAUUCUUGAAAAUGACCUGGGGGGGGACAGGGAAACUUUAAUUUUAUUUUAUUUUUUUAUUUUUUAUUUUUUUUGGAAAAUAAUACAAACCACAAAAAAGUCAACAUCCAUGAGAUGGGAAACGGAGAACCAUGGAUUCUGAGCAGCUCAGUGGGGCUGGCAGAUCCCUCCGGGUGAUUCCCUGGCGCACACGUGCCGCAGCUGGCCUUCAACCAGGGACAGGAGAUCGGCCGUAUGCAGGAAAACGCGGACUCUGGAGCUCAGCCACAAUCUCUCUUUGGCGACAGAGCAUUAACUCUUUUGUUUUGCAGAAGCGGGGUGGGAGGGAGGGAGUGGGAGAAACAGGCAGCAGUGGGAAACAGGGAUUGGGGUUAUUUUUUUGUCGUCUUUUUACAUUUUUCUUGUCAGCAAAUUAAGCAAAAAAACAAACAAAAAACCAACAAAAAUACGGGUUUUUUACACAGGAAUUUCCCUUUGUUUCCUCUGUGUGCGUUUGUGGCGGUGGGAGAUUGUACAUUGGUUUAUAUAUAUAUUGUCGCGGGGCGGGCGGUUUGUGUGCGCGUGUGUGGUUUGAUUCUUGCUAUUCUUUGCUUUCUUCAAUCCUGGCUGGUUUGGUUUUGGGGGUCUUUUGAUUCAAUGUAUUCCUGGCUCAUUUUUCUUCUGAACUCAUGUGAAGGAGCCAAUUCCCGCCGGCUUGUGCCUGCGAUUGUGCAAACGAUGGUGCAAAGGGGGAGCGAGGAACCGUGCUCAGAUUCCAGCCCCAUGUGCAGGGCUUUGCGGGAACCCUGCCUCCGGGAGCUGCUUUCCCCUGGGUUAAGCGUUUUGCACGAUCAAGGCUGUGUUUUACACUUCCUCUCAGGUCAUCCACAGAAGCUGAGCCAGGACAGCAGGACAGAUAUCUGCCUUAACUCCCCCUCCCCUCCGCCUGCCAGGCUUCGCCUUUCCACUUCUCCCUUGUUUUUAAACCAGAAACAUGUCAGGUGCUUUUUAAUUUUUUUUUUUUUACCUCCAGGCCUCAGAAUUUUGCAAUUUGUAAAUUGUCCUCUGUUGUUGUUUUCUUUUUUUUAUUUAUAUGUCAUUUUUAUAAUGAUUUUUCUAUUUAUUGGUCGCUCUUGGGGGUUGAUUUUAGCAUUUGGGGGUUGUUUUUUUUUAAUGUUUGUUAUUUUUUAAUCGUAUUUGUCUGUUUCUCGCCGGAAUUUUUUCAUUGGUUUUGUUUUUUUGGGUUUUCAUUGUCAGUCUUGGCCCAUUCUCGGCAUUGUAAGAUGGGGUCUUUUUGUUGGUCUUUCACCUCUUUUCAUGGUGCUGAAUUCCACGGCUCACUGUGCGAUCGGGACUUCAUUUCCUUUUGAGGAAUCUUCUCCCUUUCCCUCAACCUUUGUAGAAAAUACCCCCUCCCCGUCCUAUCACAGCAUCUCACCUGCACUUUUUCCAAUUCACCAACACACUGAAACGAAACAAGCGGAAGUCUGGGUCCUCCUGGAUUAUACUGUACUGUAAGGCGACAAAGGAAAAAAAUGUUAUUUUGUAAAUGUAAAAAAGAUUAAAUUAACUCACAGAGAUACAGAAAA